AUGAUCUGUUUUCCGAGGAAGACCAAAAACCCAAUGGCUUCCUACACCAACGGAAUUCAUACCUUCGGCGGGGGCAUGGCCCGGUUUCUUCAAGCUUCUGCUUCUAAUGGCCACCAGCCGAAUGGAACUGGACAAUUUGGCGGUAACACCAACCGCAAUGGACAUGCACCUAGACACCCGGGUAACAACAAGAAUAACUACAACAACCAGCGUCGUACACAGCAGCUUCGUACUGCUUUUACACGCACCCGGGAUGGUGACGUUGUGAUGAGGGACGCAUUUGCUGCACCCAUCACGGCCCCGGCUCAAGAAGAUAGAGACGUGGUCAUGACAGACGCCCCUCCCCUCCCCGAAGAGGCCUCAGCCAUGUUGAACCUCUCUGUGAGCGAGGAGGCUCAGGGGAGCACCACCACCGGCCUCCAUGUGGCUGGUGCCCCCGUCUACUUCUGA